CAAACACGGCGUCUUGAAGCUCUUGAACUGCUUUGACAUGGAUUGUGAGACACCAUGUUCAUUCAAGUUUGCUGAUGAUAAGAUUAUAGAGUCUACACCGGCAAAGCUGGCUGGUAUAUUUUGCAUGCAGAGGAUUGGAAGCAGAAAGGGUCAGAAGCUGUUAAAGUACUAUUGUCCUAGUGAUUUGACUGACAAUGUUUUAUACAGCAAAUACUUCACCGAUAUCAAAUCUACAAAGCAUCAGACGACGGUGACUAAGACGAACAUUUUAGAGAAGAUAAAACAACUUAUGGCAAAAAGGAGAAAAAGUGGGAAAAGAAAGAAAGUUGAUGAAAAGGAUCUAGUUUGCCUGAUAGGUCUUUAUCUUUGCUGUGUAUUGUUUUUUGGCGACAAAAAUGCCAAUGGAGUGAACGCGAAAUAUCUUAGUAUCGUUGAAACUUAUGAUACGGUGCUCAAGGUGUCGUGGCCUGAUUUAAUACACGAGCACUUGUUUGAAGAGAUUCAUACUAAUCUUAGUUGUUUGUCAAAUGUGAAGGCUUGUGUGCAAUACCUACUGUUAUUGUUUGCUGAACACACGCCAGCAGGAUUAAUCCCGAAAGUUGAGAACCACGAGGAAGAUAUCCCGAGGGUUGGGAGAUGGGAUAUAUACCAGAUUUCUGAUUACAUUUGGAAAACAGACAUGACACAGUUUUCGCCAACUCCUAGCUUUGUGGCUGAGUUUUCACAGCUUGAGAAGCAGCUGGGUAUAUCAACCGUGGUACCCAGCAAGGACGACCUGCAAAGUUGGCUGAAAGCGCAAACUAUUGAGAAUAGCCAUCUGAAAGAGCAACUGCAAGAAAAGCAAGCAAUGCUUAAAGCAGUGUAUGCAAUUGCAAGAGAAGGGAUAUCAGAAGGGGACCUUUCAGGAACAGCGGAAUUCAAGGUUCACAAAUUUAGUUGCCAAAUUAUGCAAGCAAUGGGUAUUGAUCCUUACAAAGUGACCCAGGAAGAGUUUAUGCAACAUGAAGAUGAUGUACAUGGAGGUACUGAGCAUGGAGCUACUGAGCAUGAAGAAGAAGAGUUACAAUUAGUUGAGACAGAGCAACAAGGAGAUGGAAGUACUGAGCAAGAGAAAGAGAAAGAUGAUGCGGAAACUUCCUUCAAUGAAGAAUUUCCAUGUAUGAGCCUUGCAGCUGGAAAUACGCCAACAAUUCUGCAAGCUCAAACUGCUGCAGAGGGGCACAAAAGACCACUCAGGACAUAUAGUUCGAGUAUGAAGAGUGUGACAACUUGCAAGACUCCACCAAAGAAAAGGCCUGUCGCAAAGCAAAAGCCCACUCCUACAAAUAAUGUUGAUGAGGAGCAGAAGAAAGAUGUUGAAGAGACACCUGUUACGGAUGAGGCACAGAAGAAAGCUGCAGAUGGUGGAGUUGUGGAUGGGGCAGGUGAUGAUGUAGCUGCAAAAGCCGUAGGUGAUGAUGUUACUCAGCAAAGUCAAUGA